GCGCGAACCACGGUCCAAGGCGCCGACGAUUACCAAUUUGUCUAAUCGCGAAGAUAGAUACGAGUUUCUUCGGAAUACGGAAGCGGUGACGAUGGCGCGAUAAAACUGUGAUAGGUUCAGUGCUUCAUCCAAUUGACACCGAUUUGUUGCGCAAAGCGACAAUUUGUGGACAAAUUUAAGACGACAUCAGCCAAUUUGUCAACGUGAAAGACGCUUGAACGCGACGAAGCGCGGCGAAGAAAGAAGUUGGCCAGCCUACUAAAAAUUCAAAACGCGAGCGAAUUUUCCCGGGAAUAAAUUUCCAAGUUUUCUACGCGAGAACAGCCGAGCAAAUACAGCACGGCGAGCUUACCCAACCCCGGAACGAACUAGAAAGUUUGACGCAUUGCCGGUGAAUAAACCGAAACGAUUGUUACGCAACGUUUGUCAGAAGAAAGAAGAAAAGAACUUUCAACGUACGUUGCGUGCUCCUUGCAUUCAUCGAUUUAGGAGAGCAUCGAUAGACUAUGAAUAUUACGACAAAUCCCGACUUUAGAAAUCGGGACGCGAUGCCAUCGAUACCUUUAUCGUCGGAUGCCGAUGGAAAAGACUACCUCGCUUCUUCUCGAGGAAGAAACUCGCACCUCCGAAGACAAAGCAUGUCUCUGACUGCCAUUAUAAACCAUAGAAGAGGUCUCCUCGGAGCGUUGAUUUCAGGUAUAGGCAGCAACAUGUCGCUGCCGUCUUGCAUGCCCCAGGAUCAAGAAUUCUUAACGGGACAGCCUCCUGGGCACAAGGCUGGGCAAAUGCCGCUUCUGAACAAUCACAGUCACAUGGAGAAGUACGACGACGCGCAAAAGCAACGACCGAACUUCUUACCUUUGACUCCCGUCAACACGGCCUGCGUACCUAUGAACGCUCUGGAAGCCGCGAGAAGUAAGGGCAUCGCGCAUUCCAAUAGUGCGAACAUCUUGCAAUUGCGAGAAUGUUCCGAAACUUUGUUCACAGCUAAACAGCAGAUCGUGGAGCAACAACAGAAAUCUGCCGAGAGGCGAACAUGCCACAAGGAAAUGAUAUCGAUCAUGAGCACCCUAUACGCGAAAUUACUGAUCGUCAUUGGAAUCGCCGUGCCGGUCUCAGCCAGCGGGACUCAAAAAGUCCCUCCAUCUCUGAGUCAGGGAUUUUACCUCUAUCUGUAUUUGGUCAGCGUCGCUUUCGUGAUCGCGAUGUACGUCAUCGUGCUGAGGGACAAAGCCGUGAAAAACUUGACGCAGAAGAACGAGAAGAAACAGCAGACUUUUGCAUUCAACGAGAAAGGCGAACGCGAGAACAUCGAUCAGACGCAACAAUACGGCAGCUUUUGUCUAAGGCUCGGCGCAGUGGGAUUUGGCGCCGGCUCGCUGGUAUUUACGGGAUUGCAAAUUGGAGCGGAAAUAGCUUCCGGCCCGUUUAGGGCGAUUACACCGGGUGCCAGACUGCUGUUGGUCACAGCUCAAAUGCACUUCAUAUUCCUCAACAGCAAAAGUCUCAAUCUGUCCAAACACACGGCCCUCGCGAAACUAGGCCUGAUGCAUAUGAUUGCGACCAACCUUUGCGAAUGGUUACAGGCGCUCGUCGAGGAGACGCAGCACGAAAUCGAUCAGCUGGGCCCUACGCACGACGAUGAGGAUGGGAUCUUGAAAUCUCUUUUGAGAGACGCGAGUCCGUUCCUUUUUCCAUGCACAAUCGAAUUCAGUUUAAUUUGCGCGGUGAUACUGUUCGAGAUGUGGAAGAGGGUGAACGAGAAGAUCGAUGCAAAGGGCGAGACACCGACGAGAUCUUCGUAUCAUCUUAGCAUAGAUUGCAGCAACUCUCACAGGGGUCUUUUCGGCGGGAUUCUGGUCGUCGCCGCGACGAUACUAAGCCUGAUUAUGUUCUUCGUCCUGAAGGAGGCCAAAAUGAACAUAGCGAUCGUACAGGUGACCGCGCUAGACGCGACGAUACUCGCGCUAGGCAUGAUUGCAUCUAUCGCUGGAACUCUGAAGUUGCAAGCCUUACAGCAAAAGAUCAUCAAGCCAUCCGAGUUGGACACAACGUUAUUGGCCGCGGCUCAAGCUGGAGUCUAUCUUCACUGUUUAUUCGGAGUCGUCGGUGACGUAUUAACGAUGGGACAGAUCUGGGUGCUGUCACUUUUUACGGACUUGUUGGCCCUGCUACAGAGCACGAGCCAAACUUUGCUCAUUAAAAUCGCGUGGGGAAGACGUUGCUCGAAGAACGACAAGCCUGGCAAGGAGCUGAUCACUUUCCUGAUAGUCGUCAACAUCGCCCUGUGGACGGUGAACACUCUUGAAAAAUCCCGCGCCGGUGUCAGACCCGAUCAUUUGCAGUUCUUCGGCGUUUGGGCGUGGACGAUCAUUACGCACGUUUCUAUGCCGCUCGCUAUAUUCUAUCGAUUUCACUCCGCCAUAUGCCUGUUCGAGAUAUGGAAAACCUGUUACAAGUGCAGAUCCACCAGCGUACUGCAAACACCGUAUUGAAAUCAUCGAUCCAUCACGGACGAUCGAGAAGCGUCUCUUUUGUACUUUACGCAUCCAUGAAUUGUAUAAACAACGAAUAUCGUUUAACUCAAAGGUCGCGCGCUACGUGGAAAACAAAUUCGAACGAGCAUGGCGAAAAUUGCGUUCCUCUCGAACCAUCCCUUCGAUUACCAGGUUAUUAAAAAUAGAAAAAACGCAAGGAAGACAAACGAGAAAGCAAGCGGUCUAUCGCAAAUAAUAACGUUACAGGGCACGAAGAACAAAGUUCCCCGCGAUGUCUGCUACCCUGCUCCCGUGAGGAACUUUUAUUAAGCCAGCGCGCGACAAAAGGCACAUAAGAGGGGUUGCACCGAUGCUUUGAGACAUCCGACAGGAUGCCACGGUUGCCGAAUCGAUAGAGGUGCGUACUCUUUCGUCGAUGUACAUGGGAAAAGACACGGAGUAACGGUGAUGGUGGAGGUCGACAGUUUGAUACGGUUUACGGUAAACACAUUUGGUAGCAAUCACAUCACGGGGCCAGCCAAGCCUCGCUGCAGCGAGAAGUAGGUGAUGCUUCGGUGGUUGGAGAAAGCGAGCGAACGGUGGGUGAAGAGGCUCUUAGCCAACCCUUUGUUGCUCCUGCCGCCACUAUUGCUUCCCCGCACCCGUCCUGAACGUAGUGGAGGCUCUACUCUUGACCAAAGGCCUCUGAUUUACUUAGCCUAUCGAGUGCUCUCGAACUCGUCCGCCAAGAAUACCGUGUAUACAACCAAGCCGUGUACGCCGUGUUCCGAAAUUUCGAACUUAAUGCUCCACUUACUGUCCUCCUGCCUUCCGCGAAUCGUGAUUGCGGACCUCGAUCGUACUACAUCGUACAAUUAAAUUUCCCAACGAAUUUAAAAGUAAACCGAACAACUACAUUUAGUACACCCCCCUCAGCGCUUUAGGAUAAUUGUAAUUAUUCGGCAGAAUAAUACAAGAAACGCGAGUCUUCGACGAUAGACGGAAAAAAAGGGUGUUACUACCGCGUCAACGGUUCCUAACGCUCGCCAUAGACUCUGUUACUUUUUUUUUUGCGGAUUUAACGAGGAUUUACCGCUCCUACGACCCCUACCUUGCCAACCCACCACUACUACUACGGGUACAAUCUGCAGCACACGCGUAGAGAUCUUUCUACGUCGAAGUGCACGAGAAAUCCUAGAUUUCCAGAGCUAGCUGAAUACGGGAAACGUUAGCGCACGUUCAGAUUCGUUUUCAAGAAUUUAUUCGGAACGGUGGCUUCCAGAAUUUCGCGACGAAUCUUCGAUGCAUUUCGUCUUCAAUUAUUAUGUUUGAUUUCGUGUCAAAAAGGAAAUAGAAUACGAAACGUUUACGAUUUAAGAAAAACCCAAGAUUUGAAACAAUUCGUAGACCUACGUUUCCGUGUCACUUCUUCCAAAAAGUAGCGACUUUUCGCGACGUCGCGGCUGACCACGGCGAAAUCUUGCGAUUUAUCGGGUUUACCUAUCCAUCCCUAAAACCCCCCCGUCGAUUCGAAAGUCCGUGAUGGAAAAGGGAACAGGUGGCAAGAAGACGGAGAACGCGGCGCCGCGACGAGGCGAACCUUGAUAUAUCCGCCAAACAGAAGGAGCUGGAACGCCUGGGCGGAUUUAUCGGAGUUGCGGAUAAUGGAUGGUCUAUACCGGCGGGGGAACUUUUUUUUAAAUAAUAUAACGUACAACAAGCGGAGAGCGUUCGAUGAAAUGCGCUUACACCAGCUGGCAACGGAAAAACGCUUUCCACUGUCGCGAAUACAACGGCAAAAUAAUUUUCCGCGAAAGUACACGUAACGCGAUUUUCUCGUCCGCCGACGAUUACUAGGUCAACGAAAAUAUAUCGAACACGAAAUCGUGGGCCGUUCGAAACGAAAUUAUCUCGUGAAUGCGUAGCGUAAAGGGUAAGCGGCGAUAUUUAUCUCGACCCAAUUAAGUACGCGGAGCUUUAAUGAAUUUUCUAUAUGUCUGCUGCGCCGCGACGUAACCGGCAUUAUUAAAGAAGAAAUAAAAACAUGGAUCGAAGGGAGAAACAAUCACCGAGAAGCAAAUUAUUCGGUCCUGUCGGUGGUGCGCGGAGGAAAAAUGAACGACAGCGGUAUUGGCAGAACAACUACCAGACAAAAACCAGCAUCGGAGGUCGUCGAUUGGACGAUCCUCGGGAAUGUAUUUAAUUCGAUUGAUCUUUGCAGCCAUCUGGACGAGACAAGAAGGACGAGAGGCAAGAGGGUGACUAUUCGCUGCUAGGGAGAGGGAACCUCUGUUUCCGCCGGAAAUGAGGCCUUCGCGACUCGCACUCCCACCCUAUUUUACCUCCACCCAAAAGCUCUUUCGUGCCACCCUUCUAUCUACCUGUGGCCGUUGCCCUAACCGAUCCUUCUAUCGCGCUGUAUCUCGGGAGCGAGGACGCAAAUCGUAUUUAUAUUCCAUCUCUGACGCCCAGGUAAAUAUUUUGAGCAACUACCGGUUACGGUGUAUCGUGCGAAACCGGUUCUCGGAAAAUCAUUCGAACGCCACUUUAAUACGCAGGAUUAUUAUACAUUCAUCCAAUCAUCACGGCUCCCAAUACCUUCCCAAUCCCCGUCGAGCAGGACUCAUCGCCGAACGAGGAUCACCUUUUUUAAAUAUUUCGAUUAUAAAUAUUUACCAGCGGAGCGAAAUUCGAGUUCGAAUCCGAAUGUGUAAUUGAAAAUUGCUGAAGAGCCUCGCGGACCAGCGAUAUUAUCGAUAUCGUUUGCUUAUUGCGAUUUAUUCGAAAUGCGAGACUGUUUACAUAAUGGAAAAAUUAAAGUUUAAGGAGUUGCUUGAAAAAAUUGCUUUAGAGCCUCAAGUUGUAUUCUUCGACAACUUCUAUCAUCGGAAAAUGUUCGAGAUGUAAUCGUGUGAUCUCAAGAUUAUGGGAAAUGCGAUUAAUUAAAGAAACGAAGACUUAAACGAAUCCUGUUUUUGUGCGGAAGUAUCGUACCAUGUUUACUUUCGCGUAAAGAGAAGUUUAAUAAAAUUGGGGUCGCGGACGAUACGAAGAAAAGUCAAAAGCUGGAAAAGUUCGCUAAUGCUCUCUUACCUCGCAGCUACGCGUGAAUGUCAGUUGCUCGUCGAGGAUGUAAUUUUCGCUGUAUACCCGGAUUAGAAGCCGGCUCGUCGAGCUCCGCGUUCUAUCGCUUGAUAAGUAUUGGCUCUCGUACCUCUUGAAUACGGUGGAACUGGAAAAGGGAUUCCGAGAUGAUUUCAAAGCGAUCGAUUGGUCUCGUCGGUGACGUCACGGGUCGCAGCGAUAUGCGGCCGUUAUGUCUCGUUGGGAAUCCACCUACCCGUAAUAGCACGGAUUAAUGAUAAAAGCCUAAGAGUAGGACAACCAUGCAGGCCGAUGCAACGUAAAAGCUAUUAUUAUGGGAAGCUAUCAAUGCUACUUGGGUGGGUUUGAUUUUACUUAACGCUUCGAAAAUCUAAAUCUUGGGAAACUAAUGCGCGUAUAUCUGAACCUGUAUGAUAGAUCCAUAAUUGCAUGACUUUGAUAUUCAGUUUUUACAGUAAGCGAUGCGACGAAUAUUCCUUUUGGAAACGUUGUUACAUUAGCAGACGUUAUAGUACGUUCUUUCGAUGAAAUCGAUAGCUAUUUGAAGAAUACAAAUUGCUGCUGCUGCUGCUCGAGUGAGAGAGACAGAGAGAGCAGGAUGCGCAAAGUUACCGUUCCUGAAAAGAGGACAAAACUUUUACUAGACGGUAUUUCUUAAAAUCAGAUAAGCGGAUUAUUGGGAGAUUUGAUAAAAAAAAAAUCGACGUAAGAUAC